AUGGCUCACAAUGAGAGCAGCAGCAGUAUGGUCUACAGCGCGCCGACGAGUCCUCGGAUUGAGGCCCUAGGCCAGGGCUCGAGGCGGAAGAAGUUUGCAGGAUAUCUCAAGGCAGCGAAUGAGAUGAGGCAGAGCUAUUUCAGCGGCGAUAACGACGGGCGAGAAGCUGGCCGUCAUCAUGAUCAGGACGGGCCUGGCUAUUUUGCAGAUGCAGCUGUCGUGCGUAGUGGUAACGAGGAGCUGAUUCUGUUCCCGAGCUAUGCCAGGAAGCAUGUCAAGAGCAAGCUUUUCAGAGACAUCCCAAACCCGCGUACAGAGCAGGAAUACUGGCAGAAAGCAUGGGAGAAGCACGAGGAAAAAAUUGCUAUAUUGGAUGUGGAUGUUCGUGGAUGGGUGUAUGUGCCGCAUCGUGGACCACAUACACGGAGACAGCGGCUAGCAAUAGGGGCACUCCGACAAUUCGCUGGUAUUCCUGCGCCACCUGCGAGUCGUCCAAACGAGCCCUCGAGUCGCUCGUCAAGUCCGGAAAGGUUGUCCCAGCAAGAAGAAGACCUUAUCAAUCUGGAGGCGGAGAAGAUAGUGCAGCGGGGUGAGAUGGAACGACGAAAUGCGCAACGAGGAGUCUACACCGAAGAUCUAAGUAAAUAUGGUGAUGCCGACAGCCUUUUCAAUAGUAGGAGCCGGACAACUUCUCCCGAUGGCAAAGAUCGUGGGAACAGAUUGUCUACAAUCAGCACCCUCUCAUCCGAGAGUGGGUCGCCCAUCAUUCAGCCGCUUCACAAGCGUGCUUCUUGGGCACAUCCAGGCAAGAUGACAGCUGCCGAACUUACUAUGGCCAACUCGCACCUUUUACAGCGCGCGAAGCCUUUCAUGCAUAAUGGCCUGCAGAACAGUCCUGUGAAGCUCAUGUUCUAUGGGGACGCUGAUUCACGCGAGAUGACUGUCUAUACUGACCCAGCCGGUCACUUCACCUGCCGUGCAGCGUUGGAGUUCACGCCAAGUCAUGUUCGUGUCUUGGCCACAGAUAAGCUCUCGACCACGGAAGAGGUGCACGUGAUACCGCCUCAAGGUGUGAGCCUGAUCAGCGACAUCGACGACACGGUCAAGCAUUCGGCGAUCAGUGCUGGUAUCGCUGAGGUCGUGCGCAAUGCGUUCAUUCGUGAGCUCGGCGAUUUGACUAUCGAGGGCGUGCGAGAAUGGUACAACACGAUGUUCGACAUGGGAGUUAAGCUGCAUUAUGUUUCGAAUUCGCCGUGGCAAAUGUACCCGAUCUUGACAAGCUACUUCAAGAUGGCACAUUUGCCGCGAGGCACCUUCCAUCUCAAGCAUUACAAUGGCAUUCUCGCUGGUAUCUUUGAGCCUGUCGCUGAGCGGAAGAAAUCGUCUAUCGACAAGAUUCUGCGCGACUUUCCCGACCGCAAAUUCAUCCUUGUCGGCGACAGCGGUGAGGCGGAUCUCGAGGUCUACACUGAUACUGCGAUGGAGAAUCCUGGGCGGGUGAUUGGUAUCUUCAUUCGAGAUGUCACUACCACUGCACGGACAGGGUACUUCGACUCCGCGAUGCCACCUUCGGGCAGCGAGGGUAAGCGCUCACGUGGUCACUCUAGACAGCCGAGUAGAGAUACAUUGGCGGUCUCCAAACGACUAUCACGACCGGACGAUAUACGCAAUGACGAUGCUGAUUUAGAUUACGCCAUCGCCGCAUCUUUAGCAGACAUGGAAGCAGAGACGCGCAAUGCGCGCCGCAACAUCAACCCUGACACUCCUUACGAUGGCACAUUGGAUCGCAAGACGAGGCCACCCGCACCGAAACCUCGCCGCACGCAAAACACCCGUAUCGAGCCUGAGCGAACCAUGACUGCUUCACCAGAACAAGAAGAUUUGAUCGACCUGAGUGAGCCUGUACCUACACGACCCUGGCUCGAGCCACCUCUACGUACUGCCUCAUCGCAACUUGCAAAUGGACAGCGCCCGUCACCUUCACCUCCUCCCAAGCCGGAGUCGCUGCGCAGCCCUUCACCUAAUUCUCAGGCCACACCUACGCAAGCACAUCCGAAUAGCACUCAGUUCAAGCUACCUCCGCCUCGACCCAGGAAGCCGUCGUCUGCGGUCAAACCACUCACUUCCAUCAUACCACAAACAGAUGGCUCCUCACGACCGCCUUCGCCAUUGCCGCCACCCGCCCUUCAAACGCACCAGCCCUCCCCACUCUCGCAGGUCCAAGGACAGGACUCACCGGUCGUAGGUAAGGCCCGUCCGCCUCUUCCCGCCAGACCUAAGAUCACACAACGCCUUGCAACCGCCGCGGGUGCCUAUUGGCAUGGCAGCCAGAGCAUGGAUAACUACCGUUCCAGCAGUGGCCAUCUCUCACCUACCCGCUCAUUGUCUAGUGGCUCAACACGGUCGAUGGAGGAAAUGCGCAACGAUUCCACCACACCUCGUGCGAAUCCGGACAAAGCCUCAAGUAAUACUACGACACCACCACCGCUCCCCAUCCGUCGUAACAUCUCCGGCUACCCCUUCUCCCGCACCAGGUCCUCUAACAGACUAUCUGGUGGUUGGGAUCUGGACGAGAGCGGAGCCAGCAGUCCGGGGGAUAUAGGAAUUCCCAAGAAAGAAAUCCUUUGGAUGCAGAGAUUGGCUAAGGCGAGGAGGGAGCUCGAGCCCAAGGGGGUUACUGUUAGGACUUGGAAGGUUGGGCAGGAUGUUGCGGAUAUUUGUGUGAGGUUGGCGGAGAUGGAGAUGAGGAGGAUUGAGAGGGAGGGGAAGGAGGGGUGA